UAUGGAUGUUUCUCGUCUUUGGAAGAAAAUCUUGAUUAAAGAUACCCUAGAUAGAAUCCCUUUGUUCCUCUAUCUGUUCAGAAAUUGGAGCUAAGGAGUCUUAAAGAGAGAUACAGUUCAUAUUUCAGUUGGUUUUUUUUUGCUUCAGUGCGCAUCAUGUGGUGAAGAUCUGACAGGGCUCACUUCUCUUUGAUCAAAUGGUACUGUUUGAACUUUGAAGUAUGCCGAUAGAUUAAGAUACUGGUGUUGAUACUAAACAGUCGAUGAGCAUGGACGUCGGAGUGAUAAAUGUGGAAGAGGAGAACAUGGCAUGCUGUGCUGGAGCUGAUGAGGGAGAUUCUGAACCUAAUGGGAGUGGUAGUGAAGCAAAAGUGGAUGAUAGUUUUACUGAAAAAGAAGUACAUUCUCAAGACGAAGAUGGGAGUGGGGAACCACAUGUGGAGAUGGAAUUUGAUUCCGAGGAUGCUGCUCAGACUUUUUAUGAUGCAUAUGCCAGGCGUGUGGGUUUUAGCACCUGUGUUGGUCACGUUAACCAUGCAAAGCCUGAUGGGACCAUUACAUCUCGAGAAUUCGUAUGUUCUAGAGGGGGUCUGAAAAGGAAGAAUACUGGGAGCUGCAAUGCGAUGCUUAAGAUAGAAAGGAAAGAUACAGACAAAUGGGUUGUCACCAUGUUUGUUAAGGAGCAUAACCACUCAACAGUGAGUCCUAGUAAGGUGCAUUACCUCCGACCUCGCAGACAUUUUGCUGGUGUGGCAAAAAAUGAUGGUUGCCAAGGGGUGCAGAUACUUCCUGGUGGUACUAUGUACGUGCAAAUGGAUGGAAAUCGUGUGUCUGCUGAAACAACUCGAUCAGUAAGGAACACUCCUCCUGUAGAAUCUAUUCGCCCUGCUAGGAAUGUUGGCCCUGCAAAUUAUGCUAGAACUUCUGGCCGAAAGAGAACCCUUGGAAGAGAUGCUCAAAAUCUCUUGGAUUACUUCAAGAGGAUGCAGGCUGAGAACCCUGGUUUCUACUACGCAAUACAACUUGAUGAUGAUAACUUCAUGACUAAUGUUUUUUGGGCAGAUGCAAGGUCUAGGACAGCAUACAGUCAUUUUGGUGAUGUGGUCACCUUUGACACAAUGUACAGGCCAAAUCAAUAUCGGGUACCAUUUGCUCCUUUUACAGGAGUGAAUCAUCAUGGGCAGAUGGUGUUGUUUGGUUGUGCUCUGCUUUUAGAUGAGUCUGAAGCUUCCUUUGUUUGGUUAUUUAGGACAUGGCUUGGAGCAAUGAAUGGUUGUCCUCCUGUCUCUAUAACCACUGACCAAGACAGAGCCAUUCAGACAGCGGUUGCUCAGGUAUUUCCAGAAACGCGCCACCGUAUAUGCAAGUGGCACAUCUUAAGAGAGGGACAAGAAAGGUUGGCUCAUGUAUGUCAUGCACAUUCUACUUUCCAAGGAGAUCUUUAUAAUUGCAUCAACUUGACGGAGACCAUUGAGGAAUUUGAAUCAUCUUGGGCCUCUCUCGUGGAUAAAUACGAACUUAGGGCAAAUGAUUGGCUUCAAGCACUGUACAAUGCUCGUCAACGUUGGGUCCCAGUGUAUUUUCGAGAUACUUUCUUUGCUGCAACCUCUUGUAACCAAGGGAUUGAAACUCUCACUUCAUUUUUUGAUGGCUAUGUGAAUCAACAGACCACUUUACCACUGUUCUUUAAGCAGUAUGAAAGAGCUGUAGAGAAUUGGUUUGAAAAAGAGGUAGAAGCAGAUUUUGAUACUAUUUGCACCACACCAGUACUGAAGACACCAUCACCUAUGGAGAAACAAGCAGCAAACCUUUAUACUAAGAAAAUAUUUACAAAAUUCCAGGAGGAACUGGUUGAAACUUUUGUGUAUACUGCCAACAAAAUUGAGGGAGAUGGGGCAAUUAGCACAUAUAGGGUUGCAAAGUUUGAGGAUGACCACAAAGCAUACAUCGUCACGUUGAAUGUUCCUGAGAUGAGAGCUAGUUGCAGCUGUCAGAUGUUUGAAUUCUCAGGUAUUCUCUGUAGACAUGUAUUGACAGUCUUUACAGUGACAAAUGUUCUUACACUUCCAUCUCAUUACAUCUUGAAGAGGUGGACGAGAAAUGCCAAGAGUGGGUUAGGGUCAGAUGAACGCAGUUGUGACCUGCAAGGUCAAGAAACCUUAACUGCAAGAUACAACAAUCUUUGUCGGGAAGCCAUACGAUUUGCAGAGGAAGGAGCAAUUGCUGUGGAGACCUAUAAUAUGGCAAUGGGAGCUGUGAGAGAGGGUGGUAAGAAGGUUGCUGUUGCAAAGAAAAAUGUUGCAAGAGUCACACCUCCUACCUCUCAGGUUACUGGUGGUAUUAAGGAAGAGAGUGCCAAGAGAACUCCUGUGCAGGUUUCAGAUAUGACCCCAACAUUAUGGCCUCGGCAAGAUGAAAUGACACGUCGCUUUAACCUUAAUGAUGUUGGUCUGCCUGCUCAAUCUGUUGCAGAUUUGAAUCUUCUGCACAUGGCUCCUAUCUCCCUUAAUCGAGAUGAUGGCCCUCCUGAUAACAUGGUUGUUCUUCCGUCUCUCAAGUCGAUGACAUGGGUCAUGGAGAAUAAGAAUUCAACACCAGAAAAUCGAGUAGCUGUCAUCAGUCUUAAGUUUCACCCGUUGCAGUUGCAAGAUUAUAGCAAAGGUCCUUCAGGAGAAUCAGAGGUGAAGUUUCAGCUUUCAAGCGUUACACUAGAACCAAUGUUAAGAUCUAUGGCCUACAUCAGUGAGCAGCUCUCAACGCCGGCUAAUCGGGUAGCUGUUAUCAAUCUGAAGCUUCAAGAUUCUGAGACAACUUCUGGAGAAACAGAGGUGAAAUUUCAAGUGUCUAGAGAUACGUUGGGUGCCAUGUUGAGAUCAAUGGCCUAUAUACGUGAGCAGCUGUCAACUGUUGCUGAGCUUCAAUCAGAGCCAUCAACAAAAAAACAACGACAGUAGAUUCAUCAAAGCUAAGUUUUUUGUUUAUAGCAGAUGUGCUAUAUCUUUGUUGAUGGCAUUCGGCAGAGCCAUUGUUUAUCUUGCUGAAUCAUCUGCCUUUCAAUGUAAGCAUGUGAUCUUACCUAGUUGUAAAUGUAACCUGUCAAACCAGGAUUUGAGGCAUCAAUGACUCUAAUCCGGAUUAGGGGAUGGACUCUCCCCUUGGACUGGUGAUGCCUCUUUCUACUAAUUUCCUCUUAGGGUCUGGGGUGGUUCUGUGUUUAUGUGGUGACAUGUCUUAGAAGCUUCUUACAUAUUUUACUUGGUUGUGGGGCCAAGGGAGCCUUCUUGUUGCGUAGACCAAAUUGUAGUUUGAUGGGUAAUUGGUGGAACCAUUUUCUUUUUCUUUUUAGUUUGAUUUCCCCCCUUUUAUGGGGAGUAGUGGGGUUAAGCUAUCCUAUGUUCUAUGA